AUGGCUUCGCAAACACCACAGCUAAAAGUUCAAACACCAGCAAAACUUGACGAUAAACCGGGAAAAUUAGGACUUUCUACUAACAAAAAACUCUUUUGGAAAGAGGAAGGCAAAAAAACAUCCAUAACUGUUUCAUUAUACGACAUUCAUAAAUUAUUUGUCUCAAAACCCGACAAACUUCCACAAAAGCUAAAAAUAUUUUAUCCAGACAAAAGUCCAGACAAAAAAUCACAAGAAAUCACGCUAAUUUUCGAAUUAACUGCCAAGAACGCCAAAAUUGAACUAGAAAAAAUCAAAGAGGAUUGGGUGGCUGUACAACAACAGCCCAAAAAUACUGCUAAUGCUUCUAACGCUGUUAGUACGUCUUCGGCACCUUCACCAGCUUCUGGCGCGUCAACGCCUAGCCGAAUAAGAAAAGCUCCACCACCUUUAUCUGCUGAAGAUAUCGAACAGCGAAAAAAAUUAUUGGAAGGAAAUGAAGAUCUACGGUUUUUGCAUAAGGAAAUGGUGUUUAAUGGGCCGAUACCUGAAGAGGAUUUCUGGGAACAGCGGCAACAUUUAUUACGAGAUCAGAAGGCGAAGGACGAACAAAAGAAAGGAAGACCUUCAAAGAUCCCGGAUCUGCAAACAACAACAGAAGAAGGUGGCGAAGUGAAAAUCACAAUAAACUCUUCAAUAAUUAAUAGUAUCUUCGAGCAGUAUCCUUCCGUGCAUAGGGCUUACAUGGAGAAAGUACCAGAUGUGAUUUCUGAAUCGGAAUUUUGGAAGCGAUAUUAUGGCUCCAAAUUUUUUCAUCGAAAUCGAUCUGGUAAAAAUCAAACUAAAGACGAUAUAUUUGAUGCUCUUUAUCAAGAAGAUGAAGAAGAGUUGAUACAUGGCCCAAAAAGAUUAAAGACGGGUAAUGCUCAUGUUCCUACGUUAAUUGAUCUUUCUUUGACGGAGGAAGAUCAUAUCGAGACAGGAAAUUCGCCUGAUUUAACAAUGCGACCGGGACAAGCCAAAAAUCUGCCCAUUCUUCGACGAUUCAAUCGUCAUGGAGCGCGCGUCCUCAAAUCUAUAAAAGCGUCGAAUUCAGGGAAAUCAAAAACCGAAGACUACAAGAACGACAUAGUUAUUGAAGAGUUAUAUCAACCAAAGACAGCGGAAAGGGUUCUGCUAGAUAUCAAAGAUCAGACAAAAUAUUUCCAAACCUAUGAAAAGACUAUUCAGAAUUCUAAUGGGACUGAAAGUAAUCGGGUUGAGGUUUCAACAAAUGCUGUUAAAUCAUUAAGUAAUAAAAUGAAAUCUUGGAGACCAGAUUUAAGAAAUCUUUCCUUUGACGCGCAAAAUGCAGCACAAGUAACUACAAUUUUGAAUGAAAAAAUCAAAGCAAAAAAUGAAGAAAAUGCACGGGCUAUGGAAAUCAGGUCACAAAAAUUACCGUCCGAACUCGAGGUCGAGAUAAAAAAAAUAUACUCGACUGGCAAAGAAUUUCUCAGACAUUAUUGGUCGGCGGCGGUUGGAGACAAAAAUAAUAUAGUUAAUACUGGAAAACGCGAAAAAAUGUAUCAACAGAUACAAAAGACACUUGAGAAAUUGCAAGAACUUACGGAUCAAGCAGCAGCAACAGAAGAUGAAGAUGAUGCAAGUCAAGUUGAGAAUAUGCUAAUAUCAACAAAAAUCGCUUUGCAACACGCGGUUAAAGAUUACGAGAGAAGUCAAGGAAUUGGAGAAGGAGGUUCAAUUGGUGGUGUUGGUAGUAAUCAGAAAUUGUUACCCUAUCAAUUAAACUAA